AUGGCGCGCUUCCUCGUUAUCGCGCUCCUCUCCGCGCUGUGCUCGCUGCAAGCGGACGCCUUCCGCCUGCGCACGCUGGCUGAGAACCCGUUCUUGCCCGUGCACCGCCACCUCGCGUCAUGCCCCACCACGUCGGGCGUCGACUACCUCGGUAACGACAUCAAGUCCGUCUCGAACGUGCCGGUGUCGGACUGCUGCACGCUGUGCUCGCAGACGACGGGCUGCGGCGCCUUCACGUGGACCAACUACAACGGCGGCACGUGCUGGCUCAAGAGCGCCAAGGGCAACACGGCCUCCAACCCGGCGGCUACUUCGGCCGUCCUGGUGCCGGACGAGCCCGGCUGCACACUCAACGACGGCGUCGACUACCAGGACAACGACAUCGCCAACGUCGGAGCCAGCAACGCCGGCGCCUGCUGCUCGAUCUGCUCCACUUGGCCCGGGUGCAACGCCUUCACCUGGUCCAACUACAACGGGGGUACGUGCUGGCUCAAGAGCAAGAAGGGCACGACCGUCAACAAGGCCGGCGUCAAGUCGGCCGAGGUCAAGAACACGGUCGGCCAGUGCACGCUCCAGCAAAACGUCGACUUCGUGGACAACGACAUUGGCAACACGCCCGGCAAGACCCCGGGCGACUGCUGCGGCAUCUGCAACAACUGGAGCGGGUGCCGCUCCUUCUCGUGGACCAACCUCAACGGCGGCACGUGCUGGCUCAAGAGCGCCAAGGGGCAGACCGUCUCCAAGUCCGGCGUGGUGUCGAGCCAGCUGCUGGACAACCCGCCGCCGAGCUGCUCGCUCGAGGCCAACGUCGAUUACGUGGACAACGACCUCGCCAACGUGGGCGGUGCCAAGGUAGCCGACUGCUGCGAUAAGUGCCGCGCCUACACUGGCUGCCACGCGUUCUCGUGGUCGAACUACAACGGAGGCACCUGCUGGCUCAAGAGCAAGAAGGGGUCUACCACCUCCAAGAGCGGCGUCACCUCGGCUGUCGUCUUCUAACCCGUUGACUCUUCCCCAUGCACGGCGAACCUCCACCGGGAGGUACUACAUCCAUUGAUUCACGCAUUCUCUCUGUUUUCUUCUCUUCUAAGUCAUGCCGUGCCAGUCUGCCUAUCCGAUUCAAGCAACAACAUGUAGUGCACCGAGAGCUCUGGAUCGAGUCGAGUCGAGUACUGUAGCUAGUUCAGACUUCAACUUGCACUCCGAUUACCAAUGGGAAAACAUUUGCCUUCCAC